AACAUUUUCUCCUCAUCAACAUAAGUUGUGUGUACCUCGAUGUGUUCAGGCCUGGCGUUGGAAAUUGUGUUUAUGUUUUUCUUAACCCAUUUGUUUAUAUUUUUCGUCUAACGACAAUGUCCACUAGGAUAGAACAACUCACCAUGUCCGAGGAUAAGAAAAGCAGAGCUGUGCGUUGUCUGUUUCCCAUCGACAAGGAGAAGCUGAACUUUCAUCUGGAAAUGCAGGACAAGGAGAUAACGAGAACAGAAACCGAGCGCUUCAAGGCGAGUUGGGGCUUCGACCCAGAAUCUGACUGCACAGUUCCUGGUGGUAAAUUCGAAUGCUUGCCGUUUUCACCCGGCGAGUACGUGCCAGCAUUUUACACUAAAUCUUACUCUCAGAGGCAUAUAACGCACUCGACGACCCGCUCGGAUAAUCGUCGGUUAAAACCGUUCUCGGCCAAGAGAAAGCUGAACUUGGACGAGCAAGAGAACAUAGUGGAUAACAAAGUCGUAUGCCUGGAGGUUGUUAAGAGCAAGGAGUGUGAGAGUCGCCUGGGUUCGCCCGUCGAACCGGACUCGUUCGGACGAACGUCCAUCCCAAGGCUCUUGCCGGCGUCGUCCCCAUCAAGUGACGUGCGAGUUCAGCAGACUAUUUACGUGACCCCCACUCAAUCGCAACAAUGUCAGAAAAAAAUGACAGAUUAUCUUCCAAACAAGAAGAAGCAAGCACUAAAUAACAAGGAUCCACAGAGAUAAGAUUAUUGAUUAAUAUAUACAUGUGCCAGUGAAACACCCGUCCGUGCAAUCCAGCCAUUACACACCAGGAAUACAAGGCUGACCCAGCCACGAUUUAACACCUAUGACUUUAAGGGUGGUCAGCUUGGAGACCCCAGGGCCAUCUGAUCCUGAAGGUUGGCCAGCUUGAAGACCCCAGGGCCAUCUGAUCCUGAAGGUUGGCCAGCUUGCAGACCCCAGGGCCAUCUGAUCCUGAAGGUUGGCCAGCUUGGAGACCCCAGGGCCAUCUGAUCCUCUAGGUUGGCCAGCUUGAAGACCCCAGGACCAUCUGAUCCUGAAGGUUGGCCAGCUUGCAGACCCCAGGGCCAUCUGAUCCUGAAGGUUGGCCAGCUUGGAGACCCCAGGGCCAUCUGAUCCUCUAGGUUGGCCAGCUUGAAGACCCCAGGGCCAUCUGACCUAAGGAAUUCAGAAUUCUGACCUGAAAGACCAUAGGACUAAAGCUGACCAUUCCUAAAUAAACCUAGGACUAAAAAAAAACAACUGACCCAGCCAAAGACUCCGGACUGGUCAGUCCGAGGAACCCGGGCUGGUCAGUCCCAGACACAAGGCUGACAUUUCUGUGAUGGUGCUCCAUAUCGGGACCGCUGCAAUAAGAUUUAGGGACGUGUCCACUCGCGGUCUGGGUGACCACAAGCUACACCAGGACGUUGUCCACCUACUGUUUAUAUUUACUCCCCACAGCAGCUGUUUUAUUUAUUAAAAAAAAACAACAUUAGGGCAUGAGGAAAUGUAAAUCUUGAGAGGUGAUGGGGCAGCCCUUGCAUUUUUAUGUUUUAAAAAACGUGCAUGUAAAUAUGAAGGAAAAAAAAUUCUAUGCAUGCUAACUCAUUUCACUUUCAUGUCUGUAAGAGUGUGGGCAAGCGAUCACUGUAAAUUAUGAAAGGGUCAGUGUUAUGUUUGGGGGAGUCUGCUAUAUGUGACCAAGAGCAGUGUGUUGUAUGUAUCAUAACAUAAGAAGCUGGUAUUCGGCUGCUCUGUCCCAUCAUUUAGAAUCAGGUAUUCAAAUGCUGCAUCUGUUAGUAUACUCCUGGUCAUGUGUGUUGUUCAAAACUGUAUGAGAUGAAUCAGAUCUUAAGUGUUCAACAGCAGGUUUUUUUUUUAUUGUGUGUGUUAAACCAAGUAUUACUUUUGGUAAUACCCGUAGUAUCAUUCUUGGUAUUACUUAAAUGUAUGACUCUGCUACCCAAAAUAUAGGGCUGGUGUUAACUCAAAAUUUUUAAGUACGACGUUGUCCCAAAUAUCAGUCUGGUUCUUAUUCUACCUGCAUAUAUGUAUGUAAAUGAUCAUGUAUAGAGAGAUAAUGCCAUUAGGGGCUUGGUAUGCCUGUGAUUGUAUACAGCAUCUGUCAUUGAUUCUUAACCAGUAAUGUUUUGGGUUAGCGUGGCUGAAAGCUUAGUUACCUUGAGCGGGUUAGGGUUAACUGUGAAGUCUUGUAACCGGAAUCAAUUUUCUAAAUCUACAGCGUUAUCUUACCAUUGGUAAUUUUACUGAUUCUUGUAUUUUUAUUUCCCCCUGAGUUCAAGCCACUCUAUUCACGAAAUUGUAUGUAGUCCUCAGUGGUAAAUACAAAUUUAUUUUCAGUCCUGGUAAGAUUUGAUCUCAAUGCAUUAGCCAUCAUUCCCCCAUUAAUUUAUUCAACUGCUCAUUUUCAUUGGAACCUUUUUUCUUGUACAUUUUUUUAUUAACUUAUACUGAGUGCAUAGUAUGAUUUGUGUAUGCAUGUUGAUGGAUGCUUAGCUACACUGAAGUGAGAGUUGAAAACUAGACAGGUGACUCCUUAUGUACAUAAUGCUAGUGUAUGUAUGUAUAUAAUGCUACGGUGUGAUAGAGGACUAGCUACAAGUUGUUACUAUGGUUGUAUUUUUUUUUUAAACUUGCAGCUGUCUAAGAGUUAAAAUACAUUCUAGAAUUUACAGCUGUUAAAUUGUAUUUAAACUUUCAGUGUGGAGAGCUCUUACUAUAGGUAGUAUGCCUUUUUAAACUCUUGCAUACAGAGAGCUUUUUCUGUAAUUGUAAUACAUUUUUAAACUCUGAAGUAUGAAGAGCCACUAUUGUAAUUAGAGAUGUAAUACAUUUUUACAAACUUUGGAGUACGGAGAGCCAUUACAUUAGUUGUAAAUGUAGUAAAUUUUGAAAACUCUGAGCGUGGAGAGCUCUAGAGUUGAAACACUUGUGUUAAGCCAGUGUUGUUGUUGUUUACAUGUGAUCUUUACACAUUGCUUACCUUUGACUUUCUAUCCCCAUUGAAUGGGAGACCCCUGAGGAGAAAUGGGAGGGACCCGGGGUCUGUGAGGAGAAAUAUGGCAAACACCUGGGCAUUAUUUAUUAAGUGAUAGGAGACUGCUAUGUGGGUGCUACUGCACCCAACUGUCAACAUUCUAGAACUGGUAACUCCAAAAAAAAAAAAAAAGUUAGCGCGACUUAACAUUGUAUAUAUGAAUUUGAAUACCUGUUAUAGUUAAUUUAUGACUGAACGAGAGCGCAGGUGAAAAUGUAUAUAUCUUUGAGAUACGGUACCAAUGAAAUACUUAAUGUGUGAUGUGUGUAUGCAUAUGUGUAAGGUUUAUGUCUACUUCUGAUGGUUUAUUUAGAUGAAUCAACAUGGAAUAUACAUUAAAAAAAGAAAUUUU